CCAUUGAUACUCAUAUUUCGGAUCGUUCUUGUCUUGCUCCUAAAGAAAUUGAGUUGUUACAAGGAGUAUAAUCUAGAAGAAGAAGAAGAAACUAGUUGAGUAUGGAGAGAUUGCAAAGAAUGUUCGCCGGCGCCGGAGGUCCGUUGGGCCACCCACCACCAGAUUCGCCCACCCUUGACUCGUCUGAACAAGUUUACAUCUCAUCACUUGCUCUACUGAAAAUGCUCAAACACGGGAGAGCAGGAGUUCCUAUGGAAGUCAUGGGUUUGAUGUUAGGAGAAUUUGUUGAUGAAUACACUGUCCGUGUUGUGGAUGUUUUUGCUAUGCCACAGAGUGGUACUGGUGUAAGUGUUGAAGCCGUUGAUCAUGUCUUCCAGACGAACAUGCUUGAUAUGCUCAAACAAACUGGAAGACCUGAAAUGGUGGUUGGUUGGUACCAUUCGCAUCCUGGAUUUGGUUGUUGGCUGUCUGGUGUUGAUAUUAAUACCCAACAGAGUUUUGAAGCUUUAAAUCAGCGGGCUGUGGCAGUGGUGGUGGAUCCCAUACAAAGUGUGAAGGGAAAGGUGGUUAUUGAUGCUUUCCGAUUAAUUAAUCCACAAACUAUGAUGCUUGGACAAGAGCCAAGGCAGACAACAUCAAACCUUGGGCAUCUUAAUAAACCUUCCAUUCAAGCAUUAAUACACGGGUUGAAUAGGCACUACUACUCAAUAGCAAUUAACUACAGGAAGAACGAACUUGAGGAAAAGAUGCUACUGAACCUCCAUAAGAAGAAAUGGACUGAUGGGUUAACACUCCAAAAGUUUGAUACCCAUUCCAAAACCAAUGAGCAAACUGUUCAGGAGAUGUUGAGUUUGGCAAUUAAAUACAAUAAGGCAGUGCAAGAAGAGGAUGAGCUUUCGCCAGAAAAGCUAGCGAUUGCGAAUGUAGGAAGGCAGGAUGCGAAGAAACAUCUAGAAGAACAUGUCUCCAACUUAAUGUCUUCCAACAUUGUCCAGACAUUGGGCACCAUGUUGGAUACAGUAGUCUUCUAAUUCAAGUACUUUGUUUCUUAUGUGUUGUUUUUCUAUCUUGCAAUUAUGAAUUUAUUCGCUGCCGAAAUGAUUUUUUUCCCUUAUGAACUAUAUAUUGAUCGAUCGGAAUACAAUGUUUUAUCGUCACU